AUGGCCCCGCAACGCAACACCACAUUCACAAAGUCCUUUGUGAGACCGCGGAACGCCAGAAAUCAGAGCUCAGGCGGCUUGCCCGUCCGGUCAGAGGCUCCACCGCCUUUGAGGCAGCCGACUAAGCUGCAGAGAGCAAAGACUCUCACACGCCCCGAGCGUGGUCAGCCACAAGUUCCACUCAUCAACCCUGAAGGCGUUGGUCGAGGGGCCACGCGGCAGGGCUCUGGAAGUUGGACCUGUUUCAGCAGAGUUGUCACCUUCUGGGCACCUCCACCAUGCAUGAGAGCUUGUGGACUCAAGGAUGCAAGCAGUCAACAGGCGUGGAGAGAAAAGUGAGUGUGCUUUUAUCACUUUGUUCGUCCUUGAUCGCGACUGAUCUCAAUGCCUGCGCACAGAGUGUCUCUGGUGUUCCUAGCCCUGCUGCUUGGAGGCUUUGUUGGCUUCUUCACCAUGGGCCUUAACAAAGUCUUGUGUCCGGCAGCUGCCCAGACUCUACCAAAUCAGCUUGCGAGGGUCGGAAAAGACUUGUCGUGUGAGUGCAGUGAUCUUGGGAAGUGCGGUGUGCAAAUAGGUUGUGGACGGGGACUGAUCUUACCGCCGAUUCGCAUGCAGCCGCUGUUGGUAUCGCUGGAUGGGACUACAACAUCACAGCAGCCAAGCUGCCAGGUCAAGCUGAGGUCGGCUACAACAUGUACACGCGAGCUAGCGACGCUGCAGGAUACGAUGUCACCCCUCUUCUGAAGCGCACUGCAGCGAAUUAUCCCUCUUGCAGCGGCCUGAAGGGCAAGUUCGCCACCAGCGACGAUUGUUCGCCAGGUCGAGCUGGAUUGCCCGCCUGCCCGCUGGGCGAUCUGACCACCGCGAACCUCCAGACUCAACAAUUGUUCAACACGAGCAGAAAGGUGGGCUACGCGUGGGAGGACUUGGCGGACGGCAAGUUUCCCAACAUGAUCGUGAGUUAGAUGCAAUGCUUUCUGAAGAAGGCAUUUGCUCACCUGAGACAAUGUGGUCGUUCUUGGACUUGCUUGCCGUUUACAGGUCAUCGAUGGAUUCGUCUUGAACAUGCAACCUUACAUCAACGCCAAUCCGACGUCGAUCGCUGGAGACGCGGUUGAUGCUGCGAUUCGGCGUGGACUUGCCCAGGAUGCUGCAGGAGGGCGAGACGCAACUCGCAUGUUCACUGUGAAUCAAGACCUCAAAAGUGCGAUACCGUGCUUGAAGGAGAAGUACCUCGCAGGUCGCAUCGAUAAGAUCACACCUGGCUGCUUCGUCUCCAACCUGUUCCUCUACGCUUCCCUUACAGUCAUCUUGGGUCUAGUGUUCAUUCGCUUCUUGAUGGCCAUCUGGUUUUCAUGGUUCAUGUCGUGGCGAAUGAGCGCCACUCCGGACGACUACGGCACCAACCGAUUCAACCACAACAACAUGCCUGGCGGUGCUAUGACCACCGUCGAUAAUCCUGGUCAGGCACCAUGGGCGAACAAGGAGCGACCUACGCCUUCGAAAGCGCCUCGUCUUCGCCACGACGACUCGGGUCUUACCGCAACAUCGACUGCCGCCAAGAUUGGUAACGAGCCAUACGUCGUCUGUCUGGUCACAGCCUAUUCAGAAGGCGAGGAAGGCAUAUCGAACACUCUGACUUCCUUGGCAGAGACCGAGUAUCCCGACUCGAGGAAGUUGCUCUUCCUCGUUUGCGACGGCAUGGUCACAGGCUCAGGAGAGAGCAUGUCCACACCAGACAUCUGCGUUGGUCUGCUCGAGUCGGAUGCGCGCUUCGGCACUCCUAUGCCUAUGAGCUUCAUCAGCGUUGCCCAAGGAGCCAAGGCGCACAAUAUGGCUAUGGUGUAUGCAGGCCACUACACACGAGGACGCGGCCACCGCACCCCUAUGAUCGUCGUCAUCAAGUGCGGUACGCCAGGGGAAGCAUCGGAGAAAAAGCCCGGCAACAGAGGAAAGCGUGAUGGGCAAAUGAUCCUGAUGAACUUCUUCCAGAGGGUGACUUACAACGAGCGCAUGACGCCACUCGACUUUGAUAUGUUCCGCAAGAUCCACACGUUGAUGGGGGUGACACCGGACUUCUUCGAGCUUUGCAUGAUGGUGAGUCGUGCUCCGAGCCUCCCUCAUCCCCCUUAGAUGGAGACUAACCUUCGUCAACGACCUUUGACAGGUGGACGCUGAUACGAAGGUGUACCCCAAGUCCAUGCGGAUGCUCGUGAACUCGAUGAUGAAGGACCAUAUGAUCAUGGGCGCCUGUGGAGAAACACGUAUCUCUAACAAGCGUUCGUCUUGGGUGACUGCCAUCCAAGUCUACGAGUACUUCAUCUCGCAUCACAUGGUCAAAGCUUUCGAAUCGGUCUUUGGUGGUGUCACCUGCUUGCCGGGAUGCUUCUCCAUGUACCGCAUCAAGGCGCGAAAGCCGGAUCAGGAUUGGGUGCCCAUCAUCGUCAAGCCGGAGGUGACCCGCGAGUACAGUCAGAGCGUUGUGCACACGUUGCAUCAGAAGAAUCUCCUCUUGCUUGGCGAGGAUCGUUUCUUGACGACUCUUCUGCUCAGGACCUUCCCGAAUAGAAAGAUGGUCUUCGUGCCCCAGGCACGGUGUCGGACAGAGGUGCCACACACAUUCAAGAUGCUUCUUUCUCAGAGAAGACGUUGGAUCAACUCGACUGUGCACAAUCUGAUGGAGCUCGUCCUUGUUCGAGAUCUCUGCGGAACCUUCUGCUUCUCGAUGCAGGUGAGUUCACUUGUCAAUCAGCCGCUGAUGCGAAUAUCCGUGCUCACGUUCAAGCAUUACUUCUACAGUUCGUUGUCUUCAUGGACUUGAUCGGAACCGCAGUGCUGCCAAUUGCUAUUGCGCUCACCUACACCUUGAUCGUCUCCUACUGUCUGAACGCUCCUAAGACCUUCGAAGAGGCAAUUCCCCUCAUGCUACUGGUCGCUGUGCUUGGAUUGCCGGCGGUCUUGAUCUUGCUUGCUACCCGGAAAGUUGUCUACGUGGUAUGGAUGGGCGUCUAUCUGGUUUUUCUUCCAGUAUGGAACUUUAUCCUGCCCGUUUACAGCUUCUGGAACUUCGACGACUUCAGCUGGGGAGAAACCCGAAAGGUCGAAGGAGAAGGCAAAGAUACUGGCCAUGGCGACGAAGAUGGCACUUUUGCUGCUGCUAGUGUCCCUUUGCGCCGCUGGGAGGAUUGGGAACGAUCACGGUUGAAGCGAACCGCACGAGAGGAGAAGCGUAGGCGCGAAAUGGAGAAGCAAUUCGGGCGCGGUUUCCACAACGACCAGUAUCUGGGAGAGCCGAGACCGGACAGCGAUUCUUUCAGUGAUCACGCAAGCAGCGCAGAUCCGGAUGAAGACCAAUGGGGUCUCCACAUCAGCGCUUUCGACGAGCACGCACCGCCACCACUUGCCAUUGUCAGGCACAGUAUUUGGGUCGAUGGCAGAGAAGUCAUCUUGGACGGCUCAGAGAUGGAGAAGAUGCUGGAGCAGGGCUGGUCGGAUGACUUUGCGAGCGGACCACCUGCAGACAAGGGACCUCUUGCGCCCAGUGCAGUGAAUGCUCGCCGAAGCGGAAGGUGGUCAAGAAUAGAGGCGCCCGUGCCUUCAAUACCCCAUAGGUACAGCCAGUAUCAACGACAGCCGACCGGCAUGCCACCACGAGGCCCUGCUCAAAACGGAUCGUCGCUUGAUCUCAUACCGCCAUCUCCUCACGGUGACGAUCCGUACGCUCCGCUCGUUCGGGGCAUGUCGCAACCUUCUUCACCUCAUUUUGGCCCUCACGGGACACCUAGUCCGAAUGGACAAGCCAACUAUGCCCGUCCGUAUCCAAAUGGGAAUCCUGCGAGCGGACACUCUUCGGGCAUCGAGGGUCGCGACUCUUUCAAUGCCCAGCAUGCUCGACAACGGUCGCAAGGCUCUGGCGCACUCGCUCCUGGAGGCCCUCUGGGCGGUUUCAGACCGCCACCUCGUUUCUGA